AAUCAUAAUUUAGCGUAAUCAUCAACUGCACUAUCGCACUCUCGUCUAGUUUCAGAUUGAAUGCAGUUUAUGUAAUUAUAGCCGACGAUAAUCUACUACUUACAACAAAAAAAUUUGAUAAUUUAUGCACAUGACGAGUACAAAAAUAUAAACAUCCACAGGUGCAAUUCAGUGCAGUGAACAUAUCAUUUCGUGCCGGUGGUUUCGAUUACGACGAUUUAGUAUAUCCGUCCAUAAACAAUAAAAAUGGGGACUCAAACAAUAGAAAAACUGGACGAAAUGAUAUACAAACAUAUCCCAAAGGAAGUAAAAUUAUAGAAACAAAAAUCAGCAAUCUGACUGCACCCGGUGACAACUAUGGAAGCCAAAUUUAUAAAGUAGACAUGAAGGUAAAAAACGAAAGUGGAGAUAUAGGAGAUUUAAAUGUAGUCGCCAAGCAAAUACCGGACUCCGAGUAUUACCAAGAAGUUUUCAACAUCCAAGUUACUUUCAAUAUUGAAAAAGAGUUUUAUAAUACUAUAGUACCGACGCUGUAUGAGUUUCAGAAGAAAUAUAAUGUACCGGUUUCAGAUAGUUUUCCGAAAUUUUACGGAGCAAGGAAUAAUUUAAAUGGUGUAAAUAAUGUAGUUGAUAAAGAUGGUCUAAUUGUUUUGGAAAACUUAAAAGUUAAAGGUUUUGUAAAUUUGGAUAGAACCGUCGGAUUCGAUCUGUCAACUUCAAAAUUAAUUCUAGAAGACUUAGCUCGCUUCCAUGCCACUACAUUAGCGAUUAAACUAAAGGAACCUGAAACUUUCGAGAAAAAAAUUAAGCCUUACUGCAGCUGCUUCCUAAAACAUCCAGCGUCGUUAGAGUUAGAUUACGAAGCAAACGAACUAGCGUCAGUUUUAGAAGAAGCAGAAAUCGGAAGAAAAUUAAUGCCACAGUUUAGGAAAAGUAUAAAGUAUAUGGGAACAUUAAGAACGACUUUUAGGGAACCGUUUGCAACUGUGGUUCACAGAGACUUCUGGGUCAAUAACAUUAUGCUUCAAUUUGAGGAGGGAGCUGUUAAAAAUAUUAAAAUAGUGGACUUUCAGAUGUAUACUUACGAUACUCCUGCUACAGACCUAAUGUUCUUUCUGUUUACUAGUGUCCAAACGCAAGUACUGAAAAAACAUUUUGAGGAAUUGCUCGAACAUUACCAUGAGAUACUGGCUCAAACACUUUUGAUAUUUGGUUGUGAUAUUGCCCCGUUUACAUACGAAAAGUUAUUGAAAGAAAUCAGUGCGUGUAUGAAAACAGAGCUUGGAAAAAUGAUCUUUAUGUUGCUGUUCAUUAUAAGGGGACCAAAGGGUGGUCACCUUAACAGUGACCCAAAAGAAAUUCCGCAAUUAAAUGUUAGGCAUUUAAAUAGUGAAGAUAAGGAUAGGUUGUUUUGGCUUCUUAAAGAAUUCGAUAAAAGGGGAUGGUUAAAUUUUUAGAAUUUGUUAAAUAUGCAUAGAAAAAUUUGUAGUUUAUUGUUAGUAUAUUAUAGUAUAGAAACCAAAGAUUAUGUGUUAAUAGUUUUAAUAAAAAUGUAUAUUUUGAUACAAAACACA